AUGUUCCCAUCGCAAGACGAGACGAACGCAUAUUCCAUCGCUUCCCAAAGACCUUUAGCACCCAACACAGCUGAUGAUCAAGCUGACCGGAUUGAGCAGUCAACUGCAACUCUAGCCGUCCUCAAAGCCGAUAUUAUCAAUCUGCUGCCCCUCUAUGAUGAUGCCGUUCUUUUCACUAUAUCCUGCGACUUUAUUGCAGGCUUCAAGGGUCACAAGUGCAAGACGCUCCAUCCCUAUCAGCGAGCAUUAGCAGCUGUCUAUUUGGCCAAUCCUGCAAUCAGGCGAUUGUACGACAAGUUUGCGGAUAUGCAGACGAAAAUGAAAUCCCCAACCAUGAAUCGAACGCCGGACUUUUCGGAAUGUGAGAGAAUGGGCAAGGUUGGAAGACUCAAGAAAUGGUCAGCAGAAAGGGGCCCCGAACAUAGCGGCGGUGACGACCCAGCUCCAUGGUUUUUGGCAGGGACCGAAGUGCAGAAUCCUGGUCUUUUCCCCAUCCAUCGCAUCCAAAACCUGCGUCAUAGGAGUCCGUCUGCCAACAUCUUCGCAAUGCAGAGUUGGCAUGAUGUGCUCGAUAACGAAGUGAUGGUGAUUGCUAAGAUGAUCAACGGGGAAUACACAGAUAUCAUCAUCAACGAUCAACGCCACAUUGCUGCGCUGGGACUAGACAAAGACCCUCACGAUAGAAUAGAACUCAAACAAGAAAUAUUCAGAAUCGGCGAAACAUUCACCAUCACCGCAUGCGACAAACGGAAUCCAAAAGAUAUGAACGGUGAUUUCAUCGGUGAAUUGAAGUCCGCUCGACAUGCAUAUUUGCACUGGCUUGAUGCACGGAACGAUGUAGACCCGCAUCCUGCACCCUAUCGGACAGAGAUUAAUAUUUUGGCGGAAAGGCUUGGGCGACAGCGCAAAGAUGUGUGGGAUGAAGUGAACGAGUACUGGGACUUGGAGCAGGGCGAAGACGGGCAGCGGUAUUGGAGGAACAGGAAGCUAUAUCUGGGGGAAGACCCAAGAUAUUCUGGCCCCAAGAGCAAGUUACCGAUGAUGUGGGGAUAG